GACAUUUUGUACGCUUUUGUACCCUUCUACAUCGACUUGCUUGUCUAUCGAAACCACUACCACUGAAGUCAUCUGGAAGCGAGACCCGUCACGCAGCUUCUUCAUGACGUCGACCUUCGCCGUUCACUACACCGAGCGUCUGGUUCCGUUGACCAGGCUGCACUUAUCUACGCAGACCAAGCCUACAAGUGAUGGCGCUGAACUCGAGUUGACGCAUGCAAUGUUGCAAGGUUCACCUUCUGAAGAGACGGUGUUGGAGUCCAUGGACUUUCUCCGUUAUUUCGUUGCUCGGAAGGGCAACCCAGGGCUUCAAUCUGACAGCGAGGAACUUCUCUUAUACAAUGCCGUCGUCAGGAAAACCAUUUUCAACAUGUAUGCCCUCGCCGUGGAUCUUUACCUGCAGGAAUCAAGUGCGGCCCAGCUUGACGCAGAGUGGUGGGCCGAUAUCGAACAAUCCACCUGGUCUGUGGCAUCGUAUCUCUUACAGUCGUCGCCGAGCCGUCUUUGCAGAGUCUUGCAGUUGAUACAGACCCGGAAUAUGUCUAUUCGAUGGUCGGCCUUCCGCCCAUCGUCUAUUGCAAGAUUCUACUGGGAUGCCGCGCCUAUUCGGCUCAACCCGUUCACUAUUGCACUCUUUCCCUAUCUGCGAGACCAGUCCUCUGCUGUGGCAUCGGUUUCUCCUGUUACUGCAGGAAGGAGCACGCGACCAUACUCCCUCGUUCCCCUGACUGUACAAAUACGUGAUGGGGUCAUGUACAGUAUACAAAGAGUAGUUUCUCUCCUACUCUUUCCUCUCCGUCUUGCUCGAGAAGAGUGUCAGCUCCGAAGAAAAGAAUUGGAGAAGGUGAGGGACGAAAGGGCGGAAGUCCUUGGAAAGCUUUUGGAGUUGCGACCCUUGCUCGCAAAUGGUCUGGAGGCCGACUUCAACCUUUCGAUCACUGGCUCGUCCAUUGACAAUGAAGCUCUUACGGCGUUUCUGUUCAAGUUCGCUAUCGUCACGUCAGGCAAUGUAUCAGAGAAAGUUGGUCUUCCUUUAAUCCAACAACUCCUCUUUGCAUUUGAAGACCACAGAAUCAUGCAUGACGAGUAUCUGGAGGCCCACGAUCUGCGACGACCGUCCCGACUUACCCUCUUAUGGCCCCGCUUAUUUUUGCUUCCCCCUCUGACACUCUAUUGCGCCAAGUAUCUCUAUGCUUCUAGAGCAACUUUAGCCGACCUUAUGCUAGAUGUGUUGAACACCGUGCAAAACUUUUUCAAGGGUUGGCUGUUUGAUCCAAUAAAAGACGUCCUCAUAACAAUCCGUGCUGGUGGAGAAGAUGGCGUCAUUGUUAGGCGAGAAGCAGUUGCUGCUGACCUCGAUUCACUUGAGCGAAUGACCCUCGAUCUCGCUAGGGAGAAACUUAGUUAUGAUUCUACACAACUUGAAGCACUUUCACAGCGGAUACGUCAGGGCGACCUCACCGCCGUGCUGAAGAUCUAUGAAGAGGACAUCAAAAAUCCGGUGAAAUCUGCAAUAUCGGGGACGCUCUUGAGGUCCAUGUUCAUUCAGGUCCAGAAGGCCAAAGUGGACCUUGAUCAAGCGUUGGCUGGCAUCGAUAAACUGUUGAAAUCUCAGGAACUUACUUUUGCAUUCGUGGGUGUCGCGCCAGCCCUUGCUGUCAUAUAUGUCGCCGGAGGAUUCCUAGGAGGAUUACUGUCCAUAAGACCUGGCAGGUAUGGAGGGAAACUCAAAAAGACCAGCGUUUGGCUUGCCAUGAGGCGUAUCGAGCGGCUCCUGCUUUUCCAACCUAAAUUGGCGCACCACCAUCACAAUACCGAGAACGUGCACUCGGACACCAUCCCUGCUUUGACGACAGGACUAUUGGUUUUGUCUUUGGCGCACCUUCGAGAGUACGCUUUGACGUCGCUACCAGCACGGUCGCGACUUCGGGAGGGAUUUUUGGAAGAUAUCGAGGACCUUGAAGAUCCUGGAUUGCGUCGAUCGGAAAAACUCAGGAUUAUUGAUAGGAUGUGGAAGAGUUGGGGAAAGGAGCUUGGUUGGUACGAUUUAGCGGGCGGUAGAUCAAACAGUUAGAGAUUGAUUCCCUCCAAGG